ACGAAUCCGGAUCCAAGUCCAAGUCCGAUUCGAAUCCAUGCCAAAUUCGGGAUAUUUUGCAAAUUAAAACACAUAUAACAUAUUAAAUCUAUUUAUAAAUUCAUGUUUAAUAAUUUAGCCCACUUUGACUAUUUUUUGCCCAACUUCCUUAAUUCAAUUACUUUAAAAUAAAUAAAUAAAUAACUAGUAAAAGACUAAAAACUAAAAGGACAGUAAACAAAAACCCUAGGUCCCUAACUAUUCACCUUCACUCUAUGCACAGCCACCAUUUUCUUUCAUAUUCAAAGAAAAAUAAACCACACUAGCUAUUCACGCACCAGCGCCGACCACCACUCCACCCCGGCGUUCAGAUCUCCAGUGUCCAAUUUCAGCCUGUUCGACCACCUCUCUAACGCAGGCUUAAACCACAGUGAAUUUUCAACAUAAAUGGCUCCUCCUACAAAACAAUCAAAAGAUAUGGAAACCGAUGAGGCAUCUUCUAGUCUAGAUGAUUGUGAAGAGGUUAAUGGCCAACCAACUCAUACAAAGACUACUAAGAAACAAUUGAAUGAUUUAAAUACAUCACAUGUAGUUGUAAAUGACAAUGAUGAUGAAAAUGAAGAUGAUGGGGGUGGUAACGGGUGGUAGUGGAAGAAAGUUAACUUCGGCGGUGUGGAAAUUUAAUGAUAGGAAAUUGGUGGAUGGAUAUGGAGAGCCUUUUGUAAAAGUUGUGGGUAAGAGCUCAAGUGGCACUACACACUUGAGAGAACAUACAAAAAGAUGUAUGAAAGUCAAGAAAACAAUUGAUGUGAGACAACAAUUGUUGCUAGCUAGUGCAAGUAAGAGUAGAAGUACUACAAUGACAAUUGGAAAAUUCAAAUUCAACCAACAAGUUUCAAGAAAUGAGUUGGUGAACAUGAUUCUUAUGCAUGAGUAUCCACUUUCCAUUGUUGAGCAUAAUGGUUUUAGAAGAUAUUCACAUAGUUUGAACCUCGAAUUUGACAUCAUUUCAAGGAAUACCGUGAAAUCCGACAUUCUAAAGGAUUACAAGGAAGAGAAAUCUCAAUUGAUGAAGUUGUUGGGAGCAGAUGAAAGUAAAGUCACCAUCACCACGGAUAUGUGGACUUGUAACAAUCAAAGAAAAGGCUAUAUGGCCGUGACGACACAUUUUAUUGAUGAUGAAUGGAUCUUGCAAAAUCGUCUGAUAAGGUUAACAAAAUGAUGGAAGAAUGUUACAUUAACUAGGAUGGGAGCCACGUGCUUGAGAAGCAUUAAGGUUUAUUGCAAGUUGGAUUUAAAGAAAAAAAAGAGCAAAGAAAGCCCAUAUUCUCACAACUCACGUGCAACAUAUUAAGAAAAGUUAGUGGGUUUUAAUGUUUUGCAACCCACUAACUCAAGACUCCUAAAAGACAGUAGCAGCGGCAGCGAGAGGCAAAAAAAAAACCACGAUGAAACCCUCACAGCACACAACUACUACGGUAUAAAUCACACAGAGAUGCAGCAAGGCGGGGAGGAAGAAAAACACACACACACACACGCACAAGACGGAGGAGGACAGCGAAGAACCAACUACGAAGUACGACAGCGGUUCGGUGUCCAAAUCGUUGAUAUCAUCUAUGGUUUAUCAUAAUUGGAUUACGUAUUUCGGCCAACACUUUGGGUCAGCCACAUAGCCUGGAGAAGAGCCGAGUGAACCUGCCUGGUGCUCUCUCACCACUAAUUCUAGUUGAUUUCAGUCAGUUCUCUGGUGAUAGCUCCUGGUUUGCUUUGCGAAGAGUUUACUGGAAUUUGAUUUGCUAGGUGCUUUCCACCCAAUCUCUUAUUUUGUGUUUAGUUUAUGUUUGGGCGUAGAUUUUUGCCCUGUGAUUUAAGUCCAUACGAUUCUGAAAUUGAUCGCACACUUAGAAAGUUGAGAGCUUUGAAUAAAAGUAAUUCUAUUGAUCUUGGUUGUAAUAAAGAAAUAAUCAUGGCAAAUGAAAUUAAGCUUAGUGAAUUUUUCACCCCUGGAACUUACAAUUCACCUGUUGGUAAUAGGAUGCCUAAUGUUGAAGGUAAUUUUGAAAUUAAACCUCAAAUUAUUCAAAUGCUUCCUACGUUUUAUGGUCUUGAAUAUGAAAAUCCUUACAAGCAUAUUGAUGCAUUUUUAGAGGUUUGCUCUACUUUUAGUAUAUCUGAUGCUGCUGCUGAUGCUAUUCGUAUGCGUUUAUUUAAUUUUUCCUUGAAAGAAAAGGCUAAAGAAUGGCUAAAUAACAGAAAUGUUACAACUUGGGCUCAAUUGCAAAAGGAUUUUCUCAAGAAAUUUUAUUCAAUAGGUAAAUUGAGUGAUAUGAGACGUGCUAUAACUACUUUUUCUCAAAAGCCUAAUGAAUUGUUUUAUGAAGCAUGGGAACGUUUUUGUAGUUUGUUACGUGAAUGUCCACAUCAUGAAGUUCCUAAAUGGCAACUAAUACAUAGUUUUUAUUAUGGAUUAAGUGAACAUAAUCAACAAAUGGUAGAUGCUUCUUGUGGGGGAAAUUUUAUGCAGAAAAAUUCUGAUGAAGCAUGGCAAUUAUUUGAAGAUUUAAGUGAAAAUUCACAACAGCAUGCUACUUCCUCUCAUACUAACGCAUCUAAUGCAUCGAGAACUCUAGGGGGUAAAGGGGGUAUUUAUGAAGUAUCUCAUACUCAUGAUCUUGCAUAUAAAGUAGAUGCUUUGACUAAGAAAAUGGACCAAGUGGAUAUUUUGAACAAAAAGAUUGAUCAACUUGUGAAUACAAAUAAUUUGCAUGUUAAUUCCAUCAAUGCUAAUGAAGGGUGUGCGACAUGUGGUGAUUUUAAUCACUUAUCCUAUAAUUGUCCUAAUAACUAUUCUGAAGUGUCACAGGAACAUGUAAAUGCAGCUCAAGGGUAUCCUCCACACAACAACCCAUAUUCGAACACAUAUAAUCCGGGGUGGAGGAAUCAUCCUAAUUUUUCGUGGAAACAACAAAGUGGAGAAGCACAACAAGGACAAAGACUCACCCACAUAGGUCAAUCUGGUAUGAAUAAUUCUUCUGGUUUUCAAGCUCAAACGUAUGCUUCUCAACCUUCACAACCUGCUAGUAGUAAUCCUGACCUAGAAAAAAUUAUUUCUUCUCUAGGGGCAGUCACUACUUCUGUUCAGAAUAUUGAAAAUAAGAUGCAUGUUGUUGAUUCUCACACACAAUCCAUAGCUAAAUUGGAAACUCAAAUUGGUCAGUUAGCUAAUGCAAUUGGUAAAAGAGAUGAUGGAAAAUUGCCUAGUACUUCUAUUGCAAAUCCUAAAGGCUUAAAUCAUGAACAAACUCAAGCGAUAAUGACUCUAAGGAAUGGAAAAGAGUUAUUUAACAAAAUUUCUAACAAGAAAGGCGAUAAUGACAAUGGUGAAUCAAUUAAUGCAGAGUCUGAAAUUGCCAAAAAUAAAGAAAAAUCCCCUUCCCCUAAAAAUGAUGAAUCUGUGAUUACAAUUCCAUAUGAGCCUAGGAUUCCUUAUCUUCAAGCUUUAGAUGCACCUUCACUUUAUGGAAAGAAUAAGCAGAAAGAAGACAUUUUAGAGAUCUUUAAACAGGUUCAAAUUAAUUUACCUCUUCUGGAUGCUAUUAAACAAAUCCCUGCCUAUGCUAAAUUUCUUAAAGACAUGUGCACGUAUAAAAGGAAAUCAAAAGCCCACUGUUCUAAGAAAGUUGUCUUAAGUGAACAGGUAAGUUCUAUUUUGCAAUUUGACAAGACACCUAAAUUUAAAGAUCCUGGAGUUCCGACUAUUUCUUGUCAUAUUGGUGAUUGUAAAGUUGAAAAAGCUCUCUUAGAUUUAGGUUCAAGUGUUAAUUUGAUUCCUUAUUCGGUGUAUGAGCAAUUAGGCUUAGGUGAGUUACAACCUUCUAAUUGCACUCUACAGUUAGCUGAUAGGUCUGUUAGAGUUCCUAGAGGUAGGAUUGAUGAUGUUCUAAUUAAAAUUGAUAAAGGUUUCUUUCCUGUGGAUUUUGUAGUACUAGAUAUGGAACCUGGUAAUCCGUCCAAGAAUAUUCCAGUCAUCUUAGGGCGUCCUUUCUUAGCAACUGCUAAUGCUACUAUUAAUUGUAGGUCAGGAGAGAUGGAUGUUUCUGUUUUGAAUAUGAGAAUUAAGCUUAAUAUUUUUAAAGCAUCCACCCACCCCACUAUAGAAAAUGAAUCUGAAUGUUUCCUUGUUGAAUUAAUUGAUGAACUAGUUGAAGAAUCUUUACCUGCACUCAUUUCUAAGGAUGCUUUAGAGACUAGUAUUUCACAUGAGAACUUAAAACAUAUGGACCUAGGGGAUGUGUUAGAAGAGUCAAUUUCCAUAAUUGAUGAAGCGCCUUUACUCGAAACUUCUUCUUGGGUGGCUAAACAUGAACCUUUACCACCUCUUUCCGAGUCUCCACCUGUACCAUCCCUUAUUUCCCCACCUCAACUUGAGCUAAAAGCCCUUCCAUCUACACUCAAGUAUGCAUUUUUAGGACCCAAUGAAACUUUACCUGUUAUUAUUUCUUCUCAAUUGUCUAAUGAACAGGAGUUAAAACUUAUCAAAGUUUUAUCUGAUCAUAAGAAAGCUAUAGGGUGGUCAGUAGCUGAUUUGAAAGGGAUUAGCCCAUCUAUUUGUAUGCACAGAAUAUUUUUAGAAGAAAAUGCUAAACCUACUAGGGAAAUGCAACGUAGGCUGAACCCACAUAUGAAAGAAGUUUUCAUGAAAGUAGUUAAAUUGUUAGAUGCAGGUAUCAUAUACCCAAUUUCUGAUAGCCAAUGGGUCAGUCCUGUAUAAGUUGUGCCAAAAAAAUCAGGAAUCACAGUUGUGGAAAAUAGUCAAGGUGAGCUUGUUCCUACUAGACAAACUACAGGUUGGAGAGUUUGCAUUGAUUACUGCAAAUUAAAUGCUGUAACUAGGAAAGACCAUUUCCCUUUACCUUUUAUUGAUCAAAUCUUAGGAAAACUAGCUGGUCAAAGUUAUUAUUGCUUUCUUGAUGGAUAUUCUUGAUGGCUAUUUAUCCUGAAGAUCCGGAGAAAACCACAUUUACAUGUCCUGCGGGUACUUUUGCUUUUAGACGUAUGCCUUUUGGUUUAUGUAAUGCACCGUCGACAUUUCAACGAUGUAUGAUAUCUAUUUUCUGUGAUAUGAUUGAUAAGUUUUUAGAGGUAUUUAUGGAUGAUUUUUCUGUGUUUGGACCUUCAUUUGAUGAUUGUUUGAAUAACUUGACUGCUGUUUUAAAAAGGUGUGAAGAGGUAAAUCUAAUUCUAAGUUAGGAAAAGAGUCAUUUCAUGGUUGAUGAAGGCAUUGUUUUAGGCCAGGUCACAAAAUUUCAAAAGAAGGUAUUGAGGUAGAUAAAGCCAAAAUUGAUCUUAUUGCUAAUCUUCCAAUUCCUACUUCUGUCAAGCAUGUUAGAUCGUUUCUAGGGCACGCUGGUUUUUAUAGGAGAUUCAUUAAAGAUUUCAGUAAGCUUGCUAGACCUUUUACUAAUCUCCUUGCUAAGGAUGCUACUUUUGCUUUUGAUGAAACUUGUGUUGAGUCUUUUGAGAAAAUAAAAUCCUUGCUUGUUUCAGCACCUAUAGUACAACCUCCUGAUUUCUCUUUGCCUUUUGAAAUCAUGUGUGACGCAUCUGACUAUGCUAUUGGUGCAGUCCUUGGCCAAAAAGUGAAUAAGGUUCCUCAUGUAAUCUAUUAUGCUAGUCGAACUCUAACUGAUGCACAGAAAAAUUAUACUACUACCGAAAAAGAGAUGCUUGCUAUUGUGUUUGCCUUGGACAAAUUUCGCUCCUAUCUUUUAUGUUCAAAGGUUAUAAUAUAUUCUGAUCAUGCAGCUUUAAGGUACUUGUUGUCUAAGACGUUGUCAAAACCGAGACUAAUUAGGUGGAUUUUAUUAAUUCAGGAAUUUAAUCUUAAAAUUAGAGAUAAAAAAGGGUUUGAAAAUUCAGUGGCCAAUCACUUAUCUAGGAUAAUUCUUGAGCAGAAUAUUGACCAUU